AUGACGGCCGGCCAGCCGCUGCGCACCGAGCCAGCAGCCCAGCCCCCGCGGGUGUACCACAGCACCCCGCCCCCGCCCCCGCCGCCGCCGGCGCUCCAAGCGGACAUCGUGCCGUCGUACCCGCCCCCCGAGUCUGACGGCGACGAGUCCUGGGUCUGGUCCCAGAUCAAGGCCGAGGCGCGGCGCGACGCGGACGCGGAGCCGGCGCUGGCGUCGUUCCUCUACGCCACGGUGCUGUCGCACCCGUCCCUGGACCGCUCCCUCGCCUUCCACCUCGCCAACAAGCUCUGCUCCUCCACGCUGCUCUCCACGCUGCUCUACGACCUCUUCGUGGCCACGCUCGCGGCGCACCCGUCCGUCCGCGCCGCCGCCGCCGCCGACCUCGUCGCGGCGCGGUCGCGGGACCCGGCGUGCGCGGGCUUCGCGCACUGCCUCCUCAACUACAAGGGCUUCCUCGCCGUGCAGGCGCACCGCGUCGCGCACGUGCUGUGGGCGCAGAGCCGCCGCGCGCUGGCGCUCGCGCUCCAGUCCCGCGUCGCCGAGGUCUUCGCCGUCGACAUCCACCCGGCCGCCACCGUCGGCAGGGGCAUCCUGCUCGACCACGCCACGGGCGUCGUCAUCGGGGAGACGGCCGUCGUGGGCAACAACGUCUCCAUCCUCCACCACGUCACGCUGGGCGGCACGGGCAAGGCGGUGGGCGACCGGCACCCCAAGAUCGGCGACGGCGUGCUCAUCGGCGCCGGCGCAACCAUCCUCGGCAACGUCAGGAUCGGCGCCGGCGCCAAGGUCGGAGCUGGGUCCGUGGUGCUCAUCGACGUGCCGCCCAGGAGCACCGCCGUGGGGAACCCCGCCAGGCUGAUCGGCGGGAAGAAGGGGGAGGAUGUCAUGCCAGGGGAGUCCAUGGACCACACCUCCUUCAUACAGCAGUGGUCGGACUACAUCAUUUGAGCUUCAGCCCCGCAACCGCAAAGCUGCAAAAGAGCGAGCUCGUCUUGCUACUGCUAUUGCGUAUCGUGUGUAUGUGCCGUUUUUAGCUGUAAUUUCUUUUUGCAGUGAGGUGAUCAGGUGACAUGGUGUCUAGCUCGUCUCUGGAACCUGACAUGGAGAAAGAUGUGCUGAAAGUUCGCUCUGUAAUUUUCGAAGCAGAUGAACAAUAUUACUUUUUACUCUUAGCAAACAGUAGGAAAAGGGUAAUUUUUGUUUCCAGAUCAAA